GCCAGCGCGACGACGUGACGUGUUGUAGUAAGUCGGCCCGCGCUAAGAGUCAACCGCCCGAAUGCGUUGUCCCAUUUAGUGGUUCUUCCAUCCAUUCAACGAUCGAUCCGGCUCUGUCGAUCGCGAGUCGCGGUACGCGAUCGCGUGUGGUGUUUGUCAGUGAAUAAAGAGCGGCAAAAAUUGACGAACCGAGUGUGAGGAGGACGAAGUGAGGAGAGACUUGUUUUUUUUUUCUCAAGGAGAGAGUGAAAAAAGGCCAGCGAUCGCGUCACCAUGGCAGUCCGUCCCGUCUGCGUCACGAUCGCCGUCCUGUUGCUGCAGCUAACAGCUUACGCGAACGCGAUAGAUCCUCAUCUGGAGAUCCUGCCGAGCGGCGAGUUGCAGACGAAGCCGAUCGGAUCCAGCAUUCUUCUCACGUGUAAACCGAAGGUGGACAAUCCGAUGCUCGUGGACGACAUGCAAUGGCUCGACCCGCAGAAUCGCGUGAUCGAAUCCCUCAAACUAGUCGUCUUGCCACUUGAAAGUCCGUACACGCGGGGUCACUCCAAGCCUGCCAUGUACACCGAGCUGCACCAGGAUCGUAGUCUCUCCCUGUUCUUUAAUUCUCUCCAGGAGGAGCAGGCCGGCAAAUACACCUGCAAGGGGUCUUAUGCGCGUAACGAGCAGUUGAACAAGUCCGUGAUAAUCGAUACUAUUAUUGCAAUCACGUGGGAGAAUGCGCCGCCAAAUCAAUAUCCCAUUCUCGGGGAGGACUUUGCUAUUCAGUGUCAUGUACGCGCUAGGCCUUCGCCCUCGGUCGAUUGGCUUUACAAUGGGGAGUUGAUAAAAACAAACGAACGUUAUAUCAUAAACACUUACGCCUUGAAGAUCAAGAAUGUGCAAGAAUCCGAUGACGGCAUAUACACUUGUCGUGCCUCGGUGCAGACCACAGGAGAAUUGCAAGAGCGACCUAUCCGCGUUGAGGUACACAUACGACCGUCGAUCGAGGAGAUUUCGAGUCCGGUAGAUAUUAUUGAAGGCGAGAACGCAAAUAUCGAGUGCAAAGCCACCGGCAAGCCGCCACCAACCUUCACAUGGAUCAAGUCCCUCACCCAGCAGAAUCUUUCUAUCGCUGAUCGCUUCGGCGUCGAUCCGAUCACGGGUGUGCUCACCAUCACCAACGUGAACCGCGAGGAUGCAGGCGAGUAUCAGUGCACCGCGACAAACGCUGCCGGCACGACGACCGCCAACAUCCAGGUGAACGUAAUCGUCAAGCCCAAGAUCAUGGAGUUCGUGAACAAGACUGUGGUGGAGGGCUCGAACACCGAGAUCAUGUGCAAGGCCUUCGGCCGACCGCCGCCCGAGAUAGCCUUCAGGAAGUUCACGUCCGACAGCGUGUACGUGCUGGGCGUUCAACGUCAAGACGAUCGAAUCAUCAUGACGAACAAGGCGGAGGACGUGUCCGGCGAGACGGUGGGCACCCUGUCAAUCAAUAACGCCCUCACCAGCGACGAUGGUUUGUACGAGUGCGUGGCGAAGAACCGCGGCGGUGUCGCCUACAAGAACGGCCACGUGACGGUCGAGUUUCCGCCCACCUUCCGCAGCAUGUCCAACAAGACGUUCCUGUCGUGGGAGCAGCGACCGGUGAACCUCACCUGUAUCGCCGAGAGCAUACCGAACGCGACGAUACGCUGGACCUGGCGUGGCGACCAGAGAGUCGACGACCAAGUCUCGUUUCAAGUUCUCGGCAACGGACCCAUUUCCAUUCUCGAGGUACGGCCGGUUGAUCACAGAUUCUACACCACUUACAAGUGCAUCGCCGCGAAUCCCCACGGAACGCGAGAAAUAUUGAUCGACCUUAAGGAGGGAACGAAGCCCAGCGAGAUCUUGAAGGCUAAUAUGGUUGAACUUACCGCUACGACAAUAAGAUUCGAUAUAAUACCACCGACGGAGCAGGAACCACCCGUCACAACUAUCAGUGUGCAAUACAAGAUGAAUGAUCAGACCUGGUACAACGCAAAGAACAGGACAUGGUCUGUCGGUUCUGUAUACGUUCUCGAGGGCUUGGUACCGCAGACACCUUACGAGUUCCGCUUUGCGGCGAUGAACGACGUCGGUCUGGGUACUUGGGGUGCCAAUUUGUAUCAAAUGACACCCGGGAAAACGGUGCCGACCCAGCCGCAAAUCUUAACUACGGCCGGCUCCGAGUACGAGCAGUCGGCGUUUAGUAACCAGUACGAGCUCAGUUGGAAAGCGCCAUUCGACAACGGCGAGCCCAUCGAUGAGUAUUUGAUCAAGUACUGUCAGAUAAAACGGGUCACGGGCGCAUGGGAAGUGUUGGACAACACCUGUGAAACAAUCAGGUCCCCGAUUAGGACGAGGCAGUAUCUGAAGGGCUUGAGGUCCGAUAGCUUUUACAGUGUCGAGCUGUCGGCUCACAACAUAAUGGGAUACAGCAAACCCGGAUACGCCAAGUUCAGGACGAACAGAGGUACAGAUGCCAGCGUGCUGCAGCAUCAGGGUCCGUUGCUGACGAGCGGAGCCGUAAUCGGCAUUGUCGUCGCAAUGUUAUUCAUCAUCUUCAUCAUCAUCGAUGCCAUCUUCUGCUGCAUGCGCAAGACAGGGAUCAUUUACAUCAUAUGCGAACGAUCUCGACGGAAACCAGUCGACGAGGAGGAUACAAAGUUGGGCAGUCUUUACGGUUGGCGGUUUCCAUUGCCGUAUUGCGACCAAAAAAUGGCCAAUGUCGCCGGGGUCACGGCCAUCCCAGACUCGGGUAGUGGAAAAAAUACCAUUAGAUUGGUCAGACACACUGCCAUAGACGAGAAGGAGCCGCUGAAGGAGGAGAAGAAGAUCACGCCGAUCAUCGACUCCGGAUUACGUCGGGAGACCUCCAUCACCUUCGACGGCAAGAGGUCCAUCUCCAAGACCGGCUUUGUCGGCAAGGACUCAGCCGUCUAGAUAUUCUUCCGGCGUACUAGAUUGUAAAUCCGUUUCGGAAAGCGCAGCGCGGUUUCCGGCUAAAGUGUUCUCGAAAAAAAAACCAAGGAAAAAAAUCCAAACCAGAAAGAAAGCAAAUAAGAGAAGAAAAAAAAACGUGCAGAGCGGGAUCGUCGGUCGUUCGCGAGCCCGCUCGUGGAAAGACGAGACGGAGGUUUUAGCGAGUCGCUACGCCCGGAAUUUCGCCCGGACGGAGCCUCUCCCUCUGGUUGCUUUCUCGCCGUUCAGCUCGCUCUGCUUUUCGUUUUGUCCUCGCAAACGCGCGCGAUUUCACGGUCGCAGCCCGACCCGCCUCUCCUUCUCCCUUUCGACGCCUCUUACGUAACGUGUUACACCGCGAUACACCGCCUGUUCUCCUACAUUUCCUUGUCGAUCCCUUUCGGAAGCGCUUCCCGUAUUAUUGGCGAACUUGUGCUUCGUCGACUACUUUGUUGCGAAGUUCUCACUGCGCCUCUAAUUUCGAAAGCAAGCUAAAGAAAAGAGAGGGAGAGAGGCGCAAACCUUUAAAAAUCUGAUGACACCUGUCUAUUUCGAGUCAAUCAACAAGAUUCUUUUUAGAUGUGAAGAAAAUAAUUAUAUCUGAAAAUUUUUUAACAAUUUACUCGUAACGCAAAAGUCUCGACUGAUAAUAUUGUUAAAAAUGAACAAAAGAAUUUUUUCACCGUAAAAUAUUCUUCGUUGAUGAUCACACGUCAGGUAUUUAAAAGGCUUGCCUCUCUUGUGAAUGUAAAAGCAGUCUGAAGCUCUUUUAUCCCGUCAGUAUACUCGCCGAAGCAUAACCGAAGGAGCACAGAUAAUCGAUAGCUUACGAAAACGAGAAGUGCAAAGUGAACACAAGAUAUACUUUGGUAGUGAUUGUUCUUAGGAGGAAGCUAUAAAUAAUAAUUGUAACUUAGCGCGUCUUGCAAGGAAACGUGGAGUAGGUAGAUCGUUUGCGCGAGAAUAAGAAGAAGGAGACGGUAAGAGGAAUGUACAAAAAAAAAUCGUGAAUUGAUAGAGGUCGAUUUAGUGAUGAACGCUUCGAGGCAUCUUUUAGAUUAUCACAUCUAGUACGCUGGGUAGUAUUGCAUCCCUUUGUCGCGCAUACGCGCGCGCGACUUUAUGAGGAAAGUCGCGUGGAAAGUCGUAUCCUGUUGCGCUUAAAAAUGGCAAGGACACGCUCUUUUCUGAGAGCAAAUAUUGCAUUUAAGGAGUAGAAAACAUAUGCAACGUUCGCGUUCUGCGAUAUGUCACAGGCAGCUUCGAUUAUCUCAUCGCUAUCGAAAAUAUUUUUUUUAUAUUAUUGUUUAUUUAAUUAGAAGUUACAAAUAUAUCAGAAGUUUGUUCCGUGUGAAACAUUUAACGGAACAUAAUGUCUCGAUAGCGUUGAAAGAAUCGAAAUUAUCCUUGUAACAAGAAAAUGGUGAGUUAGAUUUAGAGUUAUCAAUUAAGACGAAAAAUACUUUUCGAAUGUUUUUUUUUUUAUUUAUUACAAUUAUUUUGAGCGAUUUUCUGACGUCGAAGAAUUUGAAAAAGGCAGGCUCUUUGACAUGAAAUCUGUGACUGUAAUAGGGUCACAUCACUCCCCAUUUUCAGACGAGAAUGACGUUGAAGAGAAUAUGAGCGUUGCUCUUGUAUAUCCCACAAGCGCCAACAGAGGAAACACAUACAUUUUCUUUCCCUUUUCAAACGAAGGUUUUGCUCGAUUUUGCAGCGACCUUCGAACUGUACAUAAGCCACUUGAACAAUCUAUUAUCUCUCUUCUCUCGCUCUCUUACCUCAUUCCGUGUCUUUUCGAUUAGGAACAGUCGAGACACGUAAACGGUAGAUAGCUUUCACAUGUGCGAUAUAUCUUUUUGGCUGCGCACUUUUAUUCCCUGAUAUCUCUGACUCCGCGAUCGUAAAUCUUCCGCGUUAUUUUUUUUCUUUUUAAUCCAAAGACUGAUUCUUUUAUAUACCAAAUCGAUUGGAGACGUAAUCGAUUGUCGUUCAAACAGUCACUCAAGAUAAAUAUCAAAUUUUCCCCUAUUUUUACUUCCAUUCGUUAUGCGCACGUGUUCUUGUUAAGUCUUACGAUCGUAUAUGUGUCUGCUAUAGUCAUGAGUGAAUUUCUACUUAAAAUCUCGCAUAUCCCUACACAAGCGUUUAUUAUACAUUUAAUCGCGACUACAUUUAUCUUAUCUCGAAUAAGAGUUCUCGAUAUUCAUCCUUUUUUUUAAUCGUGAUAAUUUAAAAUAUGUUUUAUAACAUUAUUAUAGUUACCUCGUCAAUGCAAUGUGCGUGAGAGUGCCCAAUUUUCACUCUUAAAUGUCUUUUUUUUACUCUUUCUAAAUAUUUAGAAAAUUUUAUUUUUAAUUUUUAUUUACAAAUUUUAUUUUUAGAAUUUAUUCUUUUGUAAGGAUGCAUUUAUAAGGAUGAAUUUUAUUUUUAAUUUUUAUUUAAAAACUUUAUUCUUUUAUAAGGAUGAAAAAAUUUAUUAUAUUAAAGUUUAACACGAUGUGAAAUAAGUAAGAUGAAGAUCUGAGCAAUUCUUGCGACAUUGCAUUGCAGAAGUCAAUAUGAUUAUCAGUUGCGAUUGUUCGAGUUCAUAAUACGUGAUAGGACGCCGAAACGUUCGCGAGCAGCAUUUAAGGAAAAACAAUCGAUACGCAAAUUAUAGUAGACUUCUGACGUGGAGAUCUCGAUGUAUUACCUUGACAUAAAAAAAAAGUCUCUCUGAAUAUGUAUGUAUAGUUUAAUCAGAAUGCAGGUGGCAUUUAUUGUGACAAGUAUCGAGAUGUGCACGAGGCUUGCCAAUCGGAUUUCGAGUCAUCCGAAUGCGAGAAUAAGUAUCGGAAAAGCUGCCAUAUAUAAUUAAUUAUAUCCGAAUAGCGAGUAAAGAAACAAAAAAAAUUAUACCACUCUCUUAUCGUAAUGUCUAAGAUGGCUUUUUGCAGAAAGAAACGCAGUUAAAAAUGUGAUAAGUUUUUGUAAAUGCUUGUAAACGUUUUCCCUUAACUGUAAGAAAUAUAAAUCUUAAGACAGAGUUUUGGUAGGUUUUGAGAAUAUGUGCGCGGACACGGAACGCGUGUUCUCUCGCGAAAAGUCGCUGAUGUGAACGGAUUUAUCCGAGGAAGAAUAAUCCGAUCGCUCCAUCAGAUUGCUGUACAAUCAAGUGCAAUGUACUUUACUGAGUUUCUCGACAUUUUUCCACUCUGUUACACCACUAUGUGGAUUCUAAUGGAAGAUUUUAUCAAUUGAUAGAUAGUUUUAAUAUACUCUUUGUCUUUUAAAAUUAAAUAUAAUUGAAAUUAAAUUUAAAUUAUAUUAAUCGUUUAAAAUAAUAAUAAUUACAUUUCCAUAUAGAAUCCAAUAUAAAACAACAAAGAGUACAUUUCUAUCAGAUACUAUAUUGCAUUUUAUUAAUAUAGUACAUCUAGAAUGACACAUUGCCUCGUGUACAUACGCGAACAUGCUUUCCGUGCAGGUAGCUUUUUUUACAUAAGACAGAAUUUGCCAAAUACUAUAGUACUUAUUAGCAUGUAAGAGUCAAUGAAUACAAUAUAUAAAUAUAUAUAUAUUAUACAUGAGAAUGAUAUAUAUGUAUAUGGAAAAAGAAAUGGAGAGUCGCAGCACAUUUGUGCGGCACUUUGCAUCGGCGAGCGAGACGCGUCACCGUUUCUAGCACAUCCAGCUAUUUUGUAUCCGUUGCCAAAAGUCAUAAUCCUUAACAAAUAGCUUCCCACAAAAAGUAUUACUGCGCAUCUUCCAAUUUGGAGAUUAUUAUGAGUAUUAUAUUAAAGUUUCGUAGAUUGUAAGGCGUAUUUUUUAUGUAUGCUUUUUCUGUACGCGCGACGAGAAAUCACGUGCUCUCGAAUAAAGAGUGAAAAAAAAAGUUUUCAAAAAGAGAUGGAUAAAUGUAUAUGAAAACCCGCGCCUCUCUCGUUUUCCUCAGAAAUUUUAUUUACAAUAAUCGCUUUUAUAAAAUGCUUUAUAACAAGAAUACUUAUAUUGGGCAAUCGUAGAGCAAUGACUAAAUGUCAUUGAUCUAUCCAACGAUAAUACCGUGCCAACGACGUACAAAUUGGCAGCCAAGAAAGCAUACUGCAAUAUCACAUGACUCUUCGAGAUUCGAUUAAGACGUCCGAUAUAUUCACUUAUCUUCUAUACUAUGUUCGCACAGUUACAAGCGGUUAUACAGUAUGGCACUGUAUUAUUCUACGUGUGAAUAUAUAUAUAUAUAUAUAUAUAUAUAUAUAUAUAUAUAUAUAUCAUAAUAUGCCCACAUAGGGCAUACAGUGGGCCCACAAUAAAAGAGUGUUUACGAAA